ACAAGCUUUCGGUUGUUGCGUUUACUGACAAAAACACAACAUCAUGCCCGGACAGACUCGUUCUUAUAAUGUCAUUCCUUAAAAUCAAGACUAUAAAAUAUUUAUUGUGAUAUUUGGAUAGAUAUAUUUUCUAACUAAUUUAUAAACCAUUGUUGUACUGGUUUGAAUAUGCCAACUAGCUAGUUAGCUAUAGCUUACCAGACAGCUUUAGGGUAUUCAAAGUAAGAGGCCUUGUUCGAAGCCCACUGCUCGGAUACAAUCUGCAACUAUUUUAGUGUGUGUUUUAUUUUCUGGAAGAUGGACACAGAGAAGUUUAACUAUGUCUACAGCUGUGACUUGGAUAUCAAUGUUCAACUCAAAAUUGGUAGUCUUGAAGGGAAGAGGGAACAGAAGAGCUACAAGGCUCUACUCCAAGACCCAAUGCUGCGCUUCUCUGGUCUCUACCAGGAGAACUGCUCCGACCUGUACGUCACAUGCCAGGUGUUUGCUGAGGGCAAGCCGCUGGCGCUGCCAGUACGGACCUCCUACAAGGCCUUCAGCACACGCUGGAACUGGAACGAGUGGCUGCGUCUGCCGGUAAAGUACCCCGACCUGCCCCAGAGUGCCCAGGUGGCCCUCACAGUGUGGGACGUGUACGGGCCGGGCAGGGCCACGCCUGUGGGCGGGACCACCGUCACCCUCUUCGGCAAAUAUGGUAUGUUCCGGCAGGGGAUGCAUGACCUGAAGGUGUGGCCAGGGGUGGAGGGAGACGGAAGCGAGCCGACCAGCACCCCUGGACGCACCAGCAGCAGCCUGGCAGAAGACCAGAUGGGCAGACUGGCCAAGUUGACAAAGGCUCAUAGACAGGGUCACAUGGUGAAAGUUGAUUGGCUAGACCGUCUGACCUUCAGGGAGAUCGAGAUGAUCAAUGAGAGUGAGAAGCGCAGCUCCAACUUCAUGUAUCUCAUGGUGGAGUUUCCUCGCGUCAAAACGGGAGAGAAAGAGUACAGCAUUGUGUACUACGAGAAGGAUGGGGACGAAUCCUCUCCUGUUCCCACCAGCUCCGAUAUCGUCAAAGUCCCAGACCCACAAAUGUGCAUGGAGAACCUGGUGGAGAGUAAACACCACAAGCUGGCUCGCAGCCUGCGGAGCGGCCCCUCUGACCACGACCUCAAACCCAACGCUGCCACCAGGGACCAGCUCAAUAUCAUAGUGAGCUACCCUCCAACCAAGCAGCUGAGCUCCGAGGAACAGGACCUGGUGUGGAAGUUCCGUUAUUACCUCACCACCCAGGAAAAGGCGCUGACUAAGUUCCUGAAGUGUGUGAACUGGGCUCUGGCCCAGGAGGCCAAGCAGGCCCUGGAGCUGCUGGGGAAGUGGAGGCCCAUGGACGUGGAGGACUCUCUGGAGCUGCUCUCCUCCCAGUUCACCAACCCAGACGUCCGCCGCUACGCCGUGGCCCGCUUGCAGCAGGCCGACGAUGAGGACCUUCUGAUGUACCUGCUUCAGCUGGUCCAGGCUCUGAAGUACGAGAACUUCAACGACAUCCAGGGAGGGCUGGAGCCAGGCAGCAAGAGGGACUCCCAGGGCCUGGGAGAGAGCUCCACACUGGGGGACCUGGACAGUUCCCAGGUCCAGACAGGACCCUCAGUGCCCUCGGCUGCUACACAGAAGGGGAAGGAGGGAGCGGACAACGAGAGCCUGGAGCAGGAUCUGUGCACGUUCCUCAUCUCCAGAGCCUGCAAGAACUCAACCCUGGCCAACUACUUGUACUGGUACGUGAUAGUGGAGUGUGAGGACCAGGACACCCAGCAGAGAGACCCCAAGACCCACGAGAUGUACCUGAACGUCAUGAGGAGGUUCAGCCAGGCUCUGCUCAAGGGUGAUAAGAGUGUGAGGGUGAUGCGCUCCCUGCUGGCCUCCCAGCAGACCUUCGUAGACAGACUGGUGAUGCUGAUGAAGGCUGUGCAGAGAGAGAGCGGCAACCGCAAGAAAAAGACGGAGCGACUGCAGGCCCUGCUGGCCGACAACGAGAAGGUGAACCUGUCUGAGAUCGAGCCCAUCCCCCUGCCCCUGGAGCCCCAGGUCAGGAUCAGGGGCAUCGUGCCCGACACCGCCACGCUCUUCAAGAGUGCCCUGAUGCCGGCCAAGCUGCUUUUCAAGACGGAGGACGGGGCCAUGUACCCGGUCAUCUUCAAACACGGGGACGACCUGAGGCAAGACCAGCUCAUCCUGCAGAUCAUCUCCCUCAUGGACAAGCUCUUGAGGAAAGAGAACUUGGACCUGAAGUUGACGCCAUACAAAGUUCUGGCAACCAGCACCAAACACGGGUUCAUGCAGUUUGUCCAGUCAGUUCCUGUGGCAGAGGUACUGGCCACUGAAGGCAACAUUCAGAGCUUCUUCAGAAAACACGCUCCUAGUGAAAAAGGGCCCUAUGGCAUCAGCCCUGAGGUGAUGGACACCUACGUUAAGAGCUGUGCUGGUUACUGCGUCAUAACGUACAUCCUUGGAGUGGGAGACAGACAUCUGGACAACCUGCUACUAACUAAGACCGGGAAGUUGUUCCAUAUUGACUUUGGCUACAUCCUGGGCCGCGACCCCAAGCCCCUGCCCCCGCCCAUGAAGCUGAGCAAGGAGAUGGUGGAGGGCAUGGGGGGCAUGCAGAGCGAGCAGUACCAGGAGUUCAGGAAGCAGUGUUACACCGCCUUCCUUCACCUCCGCAGGUACUCCAACCUCAUCCUGAACCUGUUCUCUCUCAUGGUGGACGCCAACAUUCCUGAUAUAGCACUGGAGCCCGACAAGACUGUUAAAAAGGUGCAGGACAAGUUCCGAUUGGACCUGUCUGACGAGGAGGCGGUCCACUACAUGCAGAGUCUGAUCGACGAGAGUGUGGGGGCUCUGUUUGCUGCUGUGGUGGAGCAGAUCCACAAGUUUGCCCAGUACUGGCGCAGAUGAACAGAACCAACGAGAUUCGAGUGAACUGGCAAAAACCAUGGAGAGAGCGCAAGCGCUGUUGCCGUAGAAACCGAAGGCCCCCCAUCCCCCACAACCCUGCCGUGUCCCUGCAGGUGCCAGGUGUGUGUGUGUGUGAGAGUGUGUGUGUGUGAGACACGGCUGUUCCGCUGAACAGAGGCCAAGAGUGCAGUGCCAACCUCUACUGCAAGACGGCAAAACAUGGACUGAUCAUGCCUUUGUUAUGUUAGCGUUUGUAUAUAUUAUAUAUAAUGAAAAUUCAAUGUAUGGCCAAAUAAACAACACACUUCUGAUACACUAGCGAGACUGAGUCAGUGGCAUAAUUUUCUCAUGUGUUUACAGGUCAGUACACCAAAGAGUGUUGUCAAUUCUAAACCAGCGGUCUUCAUCCCUGGUCCUCAGGGCCCACUGUCCUGCAUGGUCUAGAAUGUAGAACAUGAAGGACAGCAUCUAGAAUGCAGGGAAACAUCUAGAAUCUUCCCUGCUUCAACGCUCCUAAUUCAAAUGAACAGGUCGUUGUCAAGCUCAGCAGGAGCCUGAUAAUGACCGUUCAUUAGAAUCAGGUGUGUUGACCUCUAAAUCCUACAGGACAGUGCUCCCUCAGGUCCAGGGUUGAAGACCACUAAACAAUGAUAUAUCUGUCUAACUUUAGCUGUGUGAGUCAUCAAGCAAAAUGACUCAGCAUUUCUUGUCAGGAGGCGCAUGGAAGUCAAUAGCAGUCAGACCUUCACUUUAACACAGUGUGGAAAAACACCUCAUCUAACACGACAUGGAUGGAUUCAAGUGCCCAGUCUGCUAAUCAUGCUUUCCUUAGGUCAGAUCAGGGACUAGUCCAGGGUAGGAGGGAAGGAUUGUGGAGGAUUCAAACGUCGCCGUAGCUACGGGGGAGGGGGGGGGGGCAGGUUACAGACCCAGGGGGGCCAUUAGUGAGGGGGGUUCUACCCAACUGACUGCAAAUACAGCUUAACCAAUAAAAAGCUGGUCCAGAAUCGUUUAAAAGGUCUGAGAUUUCUCUGUUGGAACCCAGAGGGGAUGACUGUACGACUGACAGGGUUAGGGUUUGGACCUGCUCCCCUGCUCAUAUACACAUCAACAUCUGAUGUCGUGAAACUGUUAGUAUCCAUAUCCUGAUGGUGAGCACCCCCCACGGUUUCCAAAUGUUCCGGAAAAGGUGCAGCGGGCAGCAGAAAGGGAGGAAGGGACCGUGUUCUCUGCUCCGGGUCCCAGGAUGGGGGGGGGGGCGACGAGGGGGGGGGGGGGGGGGGGGGUAGAGGCAACUGUUAGUCAGUGACUCAGCGAAUGAAGAAAAAAAGCGCUUGUUAGAGAACGUGAGGAGGUAUGGGCAGAA